UUACCACUGUGUAUUUGCAUCUGCAGGAGUUGCUGGGUGUGUUUUGCAACAGAUGAAGAUGACCGGACAGCUGAAUGGGUGAGACCAUGCCGCUGCAGAGGCUCCACCAAAUGGGUCCAUCAGUCCUGUCUCCAAAGAUGGGUGGAUGAGAAGCAAAGGGGAAACAGUACAGCUCGCGUGGCAUGUCCACAGUGCAACGCUGAAUAUUUGAUAGAAUUCCCAAACCUAGGUCCUGUCGUUUACAUGCUGGACCUUGCAGACAGACUGAUAUCCAAAGCGUGCCCUUUUGCUGCAGCUGGGAUAAUGGUGGGAUCUAUAUAUUGGACAGCUGUCACAUAUGGAGCAGUGACUGUAAUGCAGGUUGUGGGCCACAAGGAAGGUCUAGAUGUGAUGGAGCGAGCCGACCCUCUCUUUUUGCUGAUUGGUCUACCCACCAUUCCUGUCAUGCUAAUUUUGGGCAAAAUGAUUCGCUGGGAGGACUAUGUGCUCAGAUUGUGGCGUAAAUACUCUAACAAAUUACAGAUUCUUAACAGCAUAUUUCCGGGAAUUGGAUGUCCUGUCCCUCGCGUACCAGCUGAGGCCAACCCUCUAGCAGAUCAUGUCUCUGCUACUCGCAUACUGUGCGGAGCUCUGGUCUUUCCCACCAUCGCUACUAUUGUUGGCAAACUGAUGUUCAGCAGUGUUAACUCCAAUCUACAGAGGACAAUUCUGGGUGGAAUUGCUUUUGUUGCCAUAAAAGGAGCUUUUAAGGUAUAUUUCAAGCAGCAGCAGUACUUGCGCCAGGCUCACCGAAAAAUCCUCAACAACCCAGAAGCAGAGGAAGUAUAA